AUGCGUGAUGAAUAUAGUGCUUUAGUUGAAACGGGGACUUGGGAUUUGGUUCCUAGACCUACGGGGGUGAACAUUGUUAAUUGUAUGUGGUUGUUUCGUCAUAAAUUGAAUGCUAAUGGUAAUCUUGAAAGACACAAAACUCGUUUAGUUUGUGAUGAAACUUUCAGUCCGGUUGUAAAACCAGCCACUAUACGCACAGUUUUGAGUUUGGCUAUGGCUCGUAAGUGGUCUAUUCACCAACUUGAUGUGAAAAAUGCCUUUUUGCAUGGUGAUUUAAAUGAGUGUGUGUAUAUACAUCAACUCCCUGGGUUUGUUGACAAGAGGUUUCUAGGAUAUGUUUGCAGGCUCCGCAAGGCUCUAUAUGGUCUUAAACAAGCUCCAAGAGCUUGGUAUCAGUGGUUGGCUAACUAUUUCUUGCAGAUAGGGUUUGUCAUUGCUAAAAGUGUCAAUUCCUUAUUCAUUUUCCGGCAUGAGAAAGACAUGGCAUAUUUGCUAUUAUAUGUUGAUGAUAUUGUGUUAGUUACAUCCUUAGAUUUGUUACGUGACCGCAUCAUCUCGCGUACCGGAUUUCCAAUGACUAAUUUAGGUCCUCUGAAUUAUUUUCUGGGCAUUGCUGUUACUCGUACUCCUUCAUAUCUGUUUUUGUCUCAGCAGAAAUAUAUAUAUGCACAGGAAAUUUUAGAGCUCGCAGAAAUGGCUAGUUGUAAACCUGUGGUGACUCUAGUGGAUACUCAAUCCAAGCUUAGUGCAGAGACAUCACCUAAAUUUCAUGAUCCAACACUCUAUCGUAGUCUUGCAGGUGCAUUACAGUACCUCACUUUUACUCACCCUGACAUAGCUUAUGCAGUUCAGCAAAUCUGUUUAUUCAUGCAUGACCUAAGACAGGCUCAUUAUGAUGCAUUGAAACGCAUACUGCGUCACAUUCAGGGCUCCAUUGAUCACGGGUUACAUUUAUAUUCUUCAUCAUCCAUGCACUUGAUCGCUUAUACUAAUGCAAAUUGGGGCGGGUGUCAUGAAACUCGUCGGUCGACCUCGGGUUAUUGUUGUUUUCUAGGGGACAAUCUCAUUUCCUGGUCUUCUAAGCGUCAGCCUACUCUUUCAAAGUCAAGUGCAUAG